UCUCUCUCGCUCCCCCCACGUUCAACGCAAGCAAACGCACCGAGUGCCAUCUUAACACGUCGCCGUCAUGCCAUUUGUGUUUUAUCAGAUGGACGCUUCGGAGAAUGUCAAAACCAAUCGCUUGACGCCAGGAAGCUGUGACACUUUUCGUGCUGAGCGGCCAUGACCCUCUGGAGAUGCUUCAUCGCGUUUCUCCUCAGCACAAGUGGGCCACUUUUUGGCGGUUGCCAGGUGUUUGACAACAGCCUGGGCAACCUCAGCGUAGAACCGCCUUCGCCCUUUCUGCUAGGCUCGGACCUCCUGGUGUCCUGCCACAACAAGUGUGAAUGGAGGUCCAAAGUGUCUUUGGUGAUGAAGCCCUGGCCCGAGAGUGAAUGGAAGAGGAACGACUGCAGUUCGGUCGUGACGUUCAAGCUGCCCGACGUCCGACGGCCUCGCUUCCACCUGCUCUGCAGGCUGCACAAAGACGGCUUGGUCAACAUUGUCGGAGGGCUGACCUUGCAGGGAGGAUGGCCCCCAGAUAAGCCGGAGAACAUCACCUGCGAGACCACCUCGACCUCCCCAUGGGUGGAGUGCCAGUGGCGGGCGGGGCGCAACACUCACGUGCCCACUUCCUACAACGUGUCACUCAGCAGUGGAAACAGCACCUGGAAUUGGCCUUCGGAGGCGGACAAGGUGGUGCUACCAAAAACCGAGAUGAAUGUGAACCAGCGGUACCGAUUUGUGGUCAGCGCCGACAACCGCUUCGGUCGCUCGCGCUCGGAUCCGUUCACGCUGGAGCCCACACGCAUACUGGUACCCCAAAGCCCUCGCAUCACACACAUCCACUUUGGGAACUCCUCCGCACUGGAGGCCGUGUUGCACUGGAAGACAGCCGAAAACUCGUCACAGCUCACAGCUACCGUCAGGCUCCGCCCCGCCAGCUCUUCCCCCUGGGACGCAAGAGAGGUGACCCGGCUCAGCCAGGAUGAGGUACGAGUGGAUGAUCUGCAGCCCCUGGUGGACUACCAUUUCCAGAUCAGGACGUGUAGCACGGCAACCAGAAAAUGCAGCAAAUGGAGUCAAGAGGUAGUGAGCAGAAGUCCUGGAAAAGGUCCUUCUCAGCCUCUGCGUGCGUGGCGGAUAUUGAGUAAUCACAAAAGCAGCUCGAUGCAGAAUGUCACCGUUUUGUGGAAGGCUCCUCCUUCAAAGACGUUCAAUGGACAGGUGGAGUACUACAAGGUGGACGAGGGCCGGGGUUCACGGCAAGUAGUCUGUGCCACGUCCCUGUGCCGGUUUUCCCUUCAAGUCCCGUCCGAUAUUGAGGCGCUUGCCGUUAGCGUGGUCACUACUUAUGGGGCGUCGCCGCCGGCCAGCGUACCCCUCACAUUCUCAGGUGACCCUGAGCCUGCUUUGACACUCACUGAUCCAGUGGCUAACGGCAGUGCUAUCCUAGUCUCCUGGGACUGGGUAAGACCAAGAGCACCAGGAAGUGACGAGCUUUACUACAUUGUGGAAUGGACAAGCGUGCCUGGAGGGAAAAGUGAGCUCGGCUGGAUACAAGUGUCCCUGGAUCAAAACAAUGCGAGCAUCCAAGGCCUGUCUGUGGGCGUGAGGUACAACAUUUCAGUCUACGCCGUGAGCAGAGGAGGAGUCAGCACGCCGUCAUCCAUCUUGGCCUACUCAGGACAGCUCAAACCAGAUGCCGGUCCCAGUGUGUCGGUGCUGGAACACAACGCCACACACCUCCUGGUCCAGUGGGAGAACCCUCCAGUGGAGCUGCAGAGGGGCUUCAUCAACAACUACACCGUCUAUCUACGGACCCUACGCAUGCAUAGCCAAGAAAUUCCAGUGGCGGUGGCUGCAACACAUCACAGGAAGACAUGGCUGAAGUGUCCCGAGGGUGCGGUGACUCUCCAGAUGUCUGCUUCCACCGCCGCCGGAGAGGGCCGGCGCGGGAACCUCAUCUAUUCUCGACCCACGGAACCUGCAGCUGGACUUACCAUGGUGGUGGUCCCCGUGUUGGCUGUGGUGGCUGUCACUGUACAACUGGCGUGCUGGAGCUGUUUCAGGCAAAGGAUCAAAGCAAGAGUUGCAUUGUUUGGUCCUGACUGGUUGGUGGAGGAACUUCCCAAGCCAGGAAAUAGCCAAGCCAUCAAAUUACUGCUGGAUGCCGGCAGCGAGCCAUCCUUCUCAUACACCGACAGCGACCCACCGCUGUCCCCGAUCAGUUUUGCCUCCGGAGAAGACUUGUACCCCCUCGUCCCCUCCGUCCGGCAUCCCACUAAAUCCGAGACCUGUUUUCUGGAGACGGUUGUCCUGGCAACGCUGAACAACGGUUACAAACCUCAGCUGACCGUGGACACACGAGGAGACCAGUCGGACCAGGACCAGACGACCCCCACGGGGGAUGACUCGGGUUCUGGCGGCUUUGGACCGAUCCUGGGGAACUUACUGUCCGGCUUGGCGUUGGACUCCUCCAGCUGGCCCAACAUGAUGGGAUUAGAGUGCACCAGAGGUAAUUUGAGUGACCCCGAAGAUCGCCCCCCAGUGGUGGAUUUACAAAGUGCAACCGUGGUGGAGGUCUCGCUGACUGGUGGGUACAUCCCACAAAUUUGCAUUCCCAGCAGCGGGCAGGAGGCAGAAUGACUAUGUUUGUUCAUUCUGCAUUGCUUUGGACAAUAUUGUGCAUCAGUAUGGUACCCCAAUUCAAAUCUGAAAUAUGGGAGUGGCAAAUAUUCUUGAAAAAAAAAACGGAUUGUUUGCCUAAAAUUAUUAUGAAUAUACUGAGUGUACUGUUUUGUACUAUAUCCUAAUAAUUGUAAGCAAGCAAGUACACUAUUUUACAGUACCCAACUAUAAAAGGAUUUCAAACCAAAAAUAUAUAGAAUGUACAAAAUAUAUAGAAUUUUUCUUCACAAUCCUAUAAAUUUGAAUUUUGCAGCAAAAAGUCCCUAAAAUGGUCAUUUAGUAUUUUUUUUUUUUUACAAUUUUCUAUUUCUCAAGAGGAUGGACUCAAUAUGGCCUUCUAAAUUGAGUUCUUUUUUAAUUAUAUAUUUUAAUAUUUUGUACAAUUACCAUAACAAUUGGCUCAUCUUGUCCAAGCUUGGUAGUAAUGUGUAGUUCAACUUAACACUUUUUUUUUGCAACUUCCUGAGGGCUGUCUCACUUCCUCAAUACCACCCUACCACCACUAUUACACACACACACACACACACACACACACACACACGCACACACACAUCCCCACCUACCCCAAUGUAAAACAUUACUGGUAAAAAAACAACAACAAUGUGCCAGUCAAGGGAGAUGCUUUGUGGGAAUUGGGGGGAAAGUCCCACAAUGUAUCUCGUCAUCGGUCGUGCUGCCUAAAAGGAGUUCCUAGAUGCUCGGAAAUUGUGCUGAGGACAACAUCAGCAUAGCUAAACUCUAAAACACAACUGGAUAUGAUCAGAUAGCACAGAUAAGGUUGACGGACGGACGGCGUUUGUGUGCAUUGUCGUGGUUCCAUUGUGCGGCUCGCCACCGCACUGAACUUCCUCCCAUCAAGUGCGACUAUGACUCGCAUG